GUCACACUUACAUACAUACAUAUAUAUAAAUAUACAUAGACAGUCAGAGGUAGAUGGACAUUUUCUCUCACUCCCGUGGAGCAUUUAUAUAAAUAGAGAAUAGGUGUUCUGGGGCACUUCUGAUGAAUUCCUGUUGAUAAUACAAGUCAAUAGUUUUAAACCCUGGUCGUUACUACUGCACUGUGUUUAUAAAGGACCGUACUCCAGGUGAAUGGGUUUUUUAACCGUCCAAGACCACAGAAGGAAACAGCAGGCUUGAGUGUAAUUGCGACUGGUGAUAUUUUUUUCUAACAUGGACUUUGAAAUUAGUUUAUUGUGAGAGGACGGACGAAAUUAAUCACGAGUCAAUAUGUUUAUUUUGGUGAAAUAUGGAAAUAAUGAAACUCUUCUGUGUAACCCAAGCUGUGCUGUUGUUAACCUCCUGACCAAUAUAAAGCGGCGAGCUGGAUACGGAAACUCCAACGUAACGGUUGAUCUGUCCGACGAAACAGGUCUUGUAAAGGAACUGGACAACCAUAGGCAUGAUUACGCCAAUAAAUAUCUGACGUCACACGAGACUUACAUCCUUGUCCAAAAAGAACUCCAGUCGGACAACGCCUCUGUGGACUCGGGGUCCACCCCUAGCCAGAAUUACCAAUACAAACCACUGCUGGAGAAAUUCGAGGAACUUUUCCCAAAUUAUAGACUACAUGUGGAUCAUAUUCCAACGAAAGUGACCAAGAAACGUCCAGGAAAGUCCCCAAGUCCGGCUGGAAGGUUUGCUCCAAAGUCCAAAACCAAAAACGUAGAAACCAUUUCUAAAAAGACGGCCAGCAAAAAGCGGUAACGAACAGGGAAAGCUAGAGAUAUAAUUAAGUACUAUUGACCGUCUGUUUGAGGAAACGAGCGAACUUGGGCAAAGCGUACUCAAGUACUUAAAUAAUAAACGGGCGCUCUCGUCAAGGUUUUUUCGGUACAAGAGGACGGGAAACAAUUUCAGUCCUAUGUGGAUCGAGAUUUUUGAAAUGAUGUGUUAUUCAAAAUUUUAUAAACUUUCCAAUUUGUCACGAAUCACUUGAAAUCUGACUUCUCAGUUUAUAUAUGCAUGGUUCAUGUACGUGUUAAACACUCCAAUGUAACUGAACACUUUGUCUAUAAUUGGAAAUCAAAACACGAGUCAGGUCUACUCUACUGACGACCGUUAACGUAACUAAAUUAUUCAUGCAUUGUUUUAGUGCAUAUAUAAUGGCAAUUUAUUGUAUUUUUUUCACAUUUCUGUUAUACUAUUAUUGAUUUUUCAAUGGGUUUUUAACAAAAAUAAAUCUUUCAAAUCCAUUAA